CCUUCAUCACGCGCACAAAGCCGCACAAAGCAACAAAAAAAAGAACAGGAGAGUCCCAAGCGAGAGGAGAGGAGAGGGGAGGCGAUGGGGAGCGGGAGCAAGAAGAAGAGCGGAGGAGGGGAUGACCAGAGGCCGCUCCUCUGGAGGCUCCCGGAGGUCACCUCCACCGAGCUCGGCAAGAUCGGCCCCGCCUUCGGCCUCGGCGUCGGCUGCGGCGUCGGCGCCGGCGUCGGCUUCUUCGGCGGUGCAGGAUUAGGUUAUGGAUUUCCCGGACUCACAUUAGGCUUUGGAGUUGGAGCUGGAUGUGGUGUAGGAUUUGGCUUUGGUUAUGGAUUGGGGAAAGGAAUUGCUUAUGAUCAAAACAAAAGAUACUCUAAUGUUGGCACGAUGUUCCAAGAAGCUCCAAGUCUUCCGAUGGACACCGUUGCUGGUUUGGUUGAUGAGCUGGUUGUGAACACCAAAAAGCUUGUGAGAGCAACUUCAAAAGAGAUUGAAAAAUGGCGUUGAGCUUAUAAUUGCCUCCAUCAGCUGUGUCAGCCUAUGAAAACUGGGUUAUCAUUGAAGGUUAUAAGCAAGUAUGCUGUUGUCUUAGAUGAAGGUUUAGGAGCUAGCCAUGGGAUGAAGCCUAUUGCAAGCAGUAUGCUAUCUUAGAUGGAAUUUAGGAGUUAGUCGUGGGAUGCAGACUAUUGCACUGCAAUGUUCUUUCUUAUUCUUGUGUACAUCAGUAAUUAUGUCUAUAUUUAAUUAGGGUAAUGAAAUGCUAUUGCAGUCUCUGCAUGUUAGAAAUCCCCCUGUGAUGAACAGUGUCAGUUAGAAUUCAGGAACAAAAUAUGAGACUGGUGAUCUCAUUUGGCUGCUUGUUAUUACUCUGUUAAUGGUUGUGCUCAUCUCAGGCUGUGCUUUCUUGGAUGAA